AUGUUGACCACAGAUUGGAAAACCCUAGCUUUGCAGGCAAAGCUGAUUUUUAACGAUUCCCAAAGUAGAACUUUGGAAUUAUUUCCAUUCGAGAGUGAUGCAGAUUUAGAAACUUUUAAUGAGCUUCCAUGUGCAAUUGGAAAAUCGGUAACUGAUUUUGGAAAUCCUGCCAAAUUUCCGGUUGAGAAAUACUACCAAGCGUUACCAAAGAAAGAUGCACAAAUUACCGAAGCUGAUCCCGUUGUAUUGAUUCAGGACAUCAAAAACGGAAAAUACACUUGUGUUGAGGUUUUAACGAGCUAUCUACAUGCAGCCUUAAUAGCUUCUAAAUUGACCAAUUGUGUUUAUGAAUUUCUUCCUGAUGAAGCAUUGAAAAAGGCUAGAUACUUAGAUGAAAAUAAAGGUAAAUUGGUAAACCAUAGUCCUAUGUUUGGAUUACCAAUUUCUCUCAAAGAAAUGAUCCCAUUGACCGGCCAUUCAGUUACUCAUGGUUCGCUUUGUUAUCUUGAUCGGGUCGUCGACUAUAAUGCUGACAUUGUCAACAUUUUAAUUAAAAAUGGGGCUGUUCCCUUUGUUAGGUCUACAAACCCACAAUCUUUGAUGAUGCUUGAGUGUGAGUCUUUUACCCAUGGUAGAACAGUUAACCCAUUUAAUAGUGAUCUUACUUGCGGUGGCUCAUCCGGAGGAGAGGGUGCAAUUAAUGGUAUUCAUGCAUCACCCAUUGGCUUAGGCUCUGAUAUUGGAGGCUCAAUUCGAUGUCCUUCAGCUUUUAAUGGUAUCUACGGUAUGAAAACAACACUUGGAAGAAUUCCAUCCAGUGAUUUCUUUUCUUGUCAAAUGGGAUCUGAAUCAAUUAUAUCGGUAACUGGACCAUUAACCAGGUCUUUGGAUACGUUAGAGUUGCUUAUGAAAACUGUGGUGCAAGAAAAGCCUUGGACUAUAGAUCCCAGUUUGACUUCAAUCGAAUGGAAGAGUGACGUAAGAAAAAAGCCUUAUCGUAUCGGUAUUCUCAGAACAGAUGGGGUAGUGACACCUCAUCCGCCUGUUACAAGAGCUCUUGAUAUGAUGUGUGAGAAGUUGAAAUGCAUGGAUAAUUUAGAAGUUUUUGAAUUUGAACCUUUGAAUCAUCUGAAAGCUUGGGAGAUUAUUUCAACAUUGUACUUUGAGGACGGAGGUGAGGAUACUAGGAAGACAUUGAAAAAUACUGGCGAGCCAAUGUGCCCUCAAACAGAGUGGAUUCUAGGAAAGGACUCCGUAAAGAGAUUGGCAGCUGAGGAUAUCUGGAAGUGGAAUUUAGAAAAACAAAAGUAUAGGAAAGAUUAUUUGAAACAUUGGUUACUGUUCAAUAAUCCUGAUGGCAAUACCCCAAUGGAUGCUUUAAUUGCUCCUGUUUUCCCGGGACCUGCUGCGAAACACAGAAGUACUAAGUAUUGGGGUUAUACUGCUCAAUGGAAUUUAUUGGACUAUCCAGUAUUAGUUUUCCCAGUUACUAAAGUGGAUUUGAAGAAAGAUAUCCCAGUAGAAGAUUACAAACCGAAAAACCAAAUGGAUGAAUUUGUUUAUAAACAGUAUGACUCUCCUGAAAGCUUUGAGAAUGCUCCUGUUAACUUGGGACUUGUUGGAUUGCGUUACUCGGAAGAGCAGUUGAUCGAUAUAAUGAAAUUAAUAAAUCUUCAGUAG